AUGGCCGGAGGAGACGAGGUCCCAGUCGCGAACAAAACCCUAGAUUCGACGAGCCCACUCUACAUGUAUCCAUCGGAGAGCGCUGGAUCUAUGCUAGUUCCGAUAGCUUUUGACGGAACUGGUUAUAGAUCAUGGAGAAGAGGAAUCCUUAGAGCACUUUCUGUGAAGAAUAAGUUGGGGUUCAUCACCGGAAAGUGUAAGAAGCCGACCUCUGAUUCAAGUGACCUUGAUCAAUGGGAGCGAUGCGACGAUAUGGUGACCUCAUGGAUCUUAAAUUCAUUGUCAAAGGAUCUAGCUGACAGUUUACAAUACGUGAACGAUGCCAAAGAGCUUUGGAAAGAGCUAGAAGAUAGAUACGACCAGACUAAUGGGGCGAAAUUGUAUCAAUUACAAAAGGAGAUAAAUGAUCUGAGCCAAGGAAGUCUGGACAUCACUGGAUACUAUACAAAAAUGAAAAAACUUUGGGAAGAACUCAACAGUCUGAAUAUUCAUGCUAAAUGUACUUGCAAGUGCAUCUGUGGGGCAAGAGAUAACAUGCUUAAGGCUGAACAGGAUAGAAGAUUAAUUCAGUUUUUGAUGGGGCUCAAUGAGGUGUAUACUAUUGUGAGAGGGAGUAUUCUGAUGAUGAACCCCCUUCCUACAAUAGCUCAAGCCUUCUCUAUCCUUAUUCAAGAGGAGAAACAAAGGGAAGUCAAACCAAGUAAUAGCUUUUCAAUGGAUUCUACUGCCUUGAACAUGAGUGGAUCAGGAAGUAACAACUUCAGAACCAACUAUAAUCAACAGGGGAACAAUAAUAAUACCUACAGUGGAUAUAAAGGAAACCAGUUUAAUAGCAGACCUAGGCCCUUCUGUGAUUAUUACAAGAGGCCAGGACACACCAAGGACAAGUGCUACAAACUUCAUGGAUUUCCACAAAGCUCCAGAUUCAAUAAGGGAAAAAGAGUUGCUGGAAAUGAUUUUGGACCAUCAAGUGAAGCUGAUGUGGUGAGUGAUGACAGGAAGGGACCUCAGGAACAAGGACAGAAUCAACACAUGCACAGUCUAACUAAGGAACAAUAUGGCCGACUGCUUACCAUUCUGGAAAGCUUUCAAGGAGGAGCUGACAAUUCUACAAACAAUUGCAUCAAAAGAGGAGCUGUGAACUUUGCAGGUAUUUCAGCAUGCUCCACUCAUUUUGAGUCUAAUAAUAGUGAUCAUCUAUGUGAUAGUUUUAGAUCAGAUGCUGAUACCUGGAUCCUUGACUCUGGAGCCACAAACCACAUGACAUACAAUAAAUCAAUCGUAACUAAUGUUAAAAUCCUAGCUUACCCAUAUCUAGUCACCCUACCAAAUGGGUAUAAGGUUAAGGUGACACUGAUUGGUGAUAUGAUUCUGAGUCCAAAAUUUAGUCUCAAGAAAGUCCUUUUUGUCCCCAGCUUUAAAUUCAACUUAAUAUCAGUCCACUCUUUGACAGUCCAACUUGAUUGUAUUGUAGUGUUCACCAGAUACAUUUGUAUUCUUCUACAGGGCCCUUCACUGAAGAGGCCACUGGAGAUUGGUAAAGCCAAGACUGGUCUGUACCUACAUUGCUCAAGGAGUUGCAAUACUGGUUCAACCCUUCCUAAUCCCUCCAGUAGUUCUAUUUCAUGCUUUACUAACAAUAAGUCUAGUUUACCUUCUUCUUCUCAAUUAGCUGAUACAAGAAAAUUGGGCUCUGGUGUUCCUGCUAUUCCCACUAUAGUUCCGUUAUCUCUUAAUGAUAAUAAAAAUGGCCUAAUUCCACAUUCAGGCCAUUCUGUAAGUAGUCCAAAUAAUAAAAAUGUGCAUUCUUUGUCUGGUAGUUGUUCUAAUACUAAGCCUUUGCUUGAUCUUUUGUGGCAUAACAGAUUAGGACAUGUACCUUUUGUCAAAAUGAAAGGGAUCUCUUCCAUACCUAUUACUUUUGCACCCAAACAACCUUUUCUUUGCCCCAUAUGCCCAAUGGCAAGACAAACUAGACUACCCUUUCCAGAAAGAACAACCUUGACUACAAAACCCUUUGAGCUGGUACAUAUUGAUUUGUGGGGCCCAUACCAUGUUGUAACACACAAUAAAUACAAGUACUUCAUUACCCUUGUAGAUGAUUACAGCAGGUCCACAUGGACCCACUUGUUGAGUUGCAAGAGCAAUGCUCUACACACUAUUAAAGCUUUUCUUGCCAUGGUAGAACAACAAUUCAAUGUCAAUGUUAAAUCUAUAAGGACAGACAAUGGCCUUGAACUUACCAGUCAGGAAGUCAGUUCAUUCUUACAAUCAAAGGGGAUUAUACACCAAAGAACAUGCCCAUAUACACCACAACAAAAUGGUGUAGUGGAAAGAAAACACAAAUACCUGCUGGAAACAGCCAGGGCCCUACUAUAUCAGUCAAAAUUACCCAUGCAGUACUGGGGUGAAUGCAUCUUGACUUCUACCUAUAUAAUAAAUAGACUGCCCUCUUCAUCACUCAAAAAUAAGUGCCCCUUUGAACUCCUAUACCAGAAAACUCCAAGUUAUUCUCACCUUAGAAGUUUUGGUUGCCUAUGCUUCCCUACCAUACUCAAAACACACAAGGAUAAAUUUGAGCCAAGAACUACUCCCCAUGUCUUUGUGGGAUAUCCCUUUGGGACAAAAGGUUAUAAGGUACUAAAUCUGACCACUAAAAAGAUAAGCAUUUCUAGAGAUGUAGUAUUCCAUGAAAAUGUGUUCCCAUUUGUUAUGUUCACUGAGUCUAAUAAAGUCUUCCCUUCAUUUCCUCAAAUGAAAUCAUACCUAUCAGAUGAUCUGUUUCCUCCCAGUAGUAUGAGUAAUGUUCCACUCUCAACUAGUGACAACACUCAUCAUGAAGUGUCACCUGGGAACCUGCCCAGUUCUGAACCCUGCACACCUUCAUUGCAUUCUCACAAUGACAAUUUCAGCUGUCCUUACUCACCCCUAAGAAGCCAAACAUCAAGAACCUCUGUUCCUAUUGAUAAUUCAGAAGAAGUCCAUCCUGACAUGACUCAUAGUCAAACCUCUACAACCCAGGAUCAAAGGACUUCAGUUUCAAACCAGAACAGACCUUCCAGAGUUUUGAAAAUACCUGCCUACCUUAAAGAUUAUGAAUGUAUCCUUCCCAGAGUUCAGCAAAAUCAUCACAAUCAAUCAACCUCUCCAAAUGCUGGACAAAGUACCCAGUCCUUCUCUUUUAAUACAUCUGCUCCUAAACCUCCUGUUACCUCACCUAUUGAAGCAUCAGCCAGUUGUCAGCAUCUGAUAGAAACUAACUCACAUGAAUGUGAACCAAACUCAUUUGAGGAAGCUGCUGUAAAGCCUGCAUGGCAAGCAGCAAUGACUCAGGAGUUUCAAGCAUUGCAUGCAAACAAAACUUGGGACUUAGUCCCCCUUCCAAUUGGAAAGAAGGCAAUAGGGUGUAAGUGGGUGUAUAAGAUCAAACACAAGGCAGAUGGUAGUGUAGAAAGGUUCAAGGCUAGAUUAGUAGUUAAGGGGUAUACACAACAAGCUGGGAUAGAUUACACUGAAACAUUCUCUCCUGUGGUUAAAAUGACAACUGUUAGGGCCCUAAUAGCAACUGCAGUUAAGAAGGGGUGGCAGGUCUUACAGUUAGAUGUGAAUAAUGCUUUUCUCUAUGGGGAUCUCCAUGAAGAAGUGUACAUGGAGAUACCUCCAGGCCUAGUUGUGGACUCCCCAUACUUAGUGUGUAAGCUGAACAUAUGGACUCAAACAAGCAAGUAG